GCAUAGACCGUCGGUAGGAUGUUAAAAGCGAUUCCAUAGCUGACUAACUAGCUAAUGUUGGGAUGAUUUUAAUGGAGCCUUUCUGUCUCGCAUUUAUUUUUUGGGGAUUUUCAUUUUUAAUCACACGGACUCGCUCUAAUGCAUGCAGAUUUUAAAUAAAAUUGCUUGGUAGCUAACCACAAACAAGCUUGCAAACUAGCGACGACUGGAACAUUGUAUUUUUUGCAACUGCCCAGCUAAACGGCAUAUCUAACGUUAGCUACCAGAUGCUCAUCAGCUGCUCUGAAUAUGACUCUACCCCCGGAGAAGGCUUCAGAGCUUAAGCAGAUCAUUCACAACCAUUUGACAAGAAUGAACAUCCAUGGAAAAAUCCGCGAUGUACUGGCCGAGACGGUGAGACAGGAGUUGGGUACUGGACACCGCCCACUUUCCGAAGAAGACUUCUUGCGAGCUCUACAGCACAGGGGAAUCGUAGAUGAAGUAAUGAGGGACCUGCAUUUUUCACAGGACAUUCCAGCCACAGAGGCCAGUCUAUCUCUCAAGCCUGCAACACAUUUUGUUGAUAACGAGAUGACACAGCUUAAGAAAACCAACAUUGAUCCAGCGCGGAGGUGCCUGUACCUGCAGGUGCUGGGAGGUAAAGCGUUUUUGGAACACCUCCAGGAACCAGAACCCUUACCUGGCCAGGUGUGCUCUACCUUCACCCUCUACCUCAACUUCAGGAACCAGCGUUUCCGCUCCAAGCCCGUGCCGUGCGCCUGUGAUCCUGACCUGCUGGAGGGCUUCCUUCUGGAAGUUCACAAAGACAGCCUGGGCGAUGGCAGCAGGAUGGUAGAUGCCACCAACAUGCUCUCCAUCAGCGACCCGGUGCACAUGGUGCUGAUCAAGACCGACACCUCCAGCGAAACCACGCUCGUCUCCUCCUACUUCCUGGACUGGCGGUCUGUCCUGAGUGCCCCAAAUGGGAAAACCAGCAUGGCCAUCGAACUGCUGGGAGUGGGGAGCGAAUGUAAAGUGCCAGUCGGCGUUCUGAACGUGAAGCUGGAGCUCUACCCUCCCCUCACAGAGACGUUGACCCCAGACGUCAUCAUGACUCAGCAAUCCCUAGAGCGGCAGAGAACAGCAGAGAAAGAGCGUCUGUUUCUGGUUUAUGCCAAGCAGUGGUGGAGGGAGUUCCUGGAAAUCCGCCCGUCCAACCAAACCAAACUGGUCAAGAUCUUUGCGCAGGAUGAGAACGGCGUGAACCGGCCCGUGUGCUCGUACGUGCGCUCCCUGCGGGCGGGGCGGCUCCUGGACACUCCCCGGCAGGCCGCCCGUUUCGUCAGCCUGCUGGGCAUGGAGAGGGCCCCCGUGGUGGGCGGAGGGGCCAAGCAGGAACAGUGGUGCUCUCUGCUGGCCUUCCUCUGCAGGAACAAGGGCGACUGUGAAGACCACGCCACGCUCCUGUGCAGCCUGCUGCUGGGUUUCGGCUUGGACGCCUACGUCUGCGUGGGCACCAAGGCCAAAGCCACGCCCCACGCCUGGGUCAUGACCCUGGGCACCGACGGCUCCGUCACCUUCUGGGAGAGCCUGACGGCACACAGGUACCUCCACCGCCCCAUAGACCCGGACGCCCCCCCUCUGGCCCCCCAGCCCAAGCCCACGUACCCCUACAGGACGGUGGGCUGCGUCUUCAACCACCAGGCCUUCCUGGCCAACUGCCAGGCGUCGGACGCUGCAGAGCUGUGCGUGUUCGACCUGCGCGACGGCUCCCGCUGGAAGGCCAUGAGCGAGGAGGCGCUCCGCUCCGUCUGCGCCCCCGGCUCCACCACCUCCCUGCCCCCCCUGCCCGCCCUCUGCGCCUCCCACCUGGACCCCGCGGCCACCGCCAACCAGCUGGAGCUGGAGCUGCGCCACCUGGUGGCCGAGCACAGGAAGGACCUGGGCCUGGCCACGGUGUGGGACGAGCAGCUGUCCUACCUGCUGUCGGCGGCCCUGGCGGCCUACGAGCUGGAGCGCUGCGCCGGGGUCUCCUGCGGCACCGAGGAGUUCCAGGACGCCGUGCGGAGGGCGGUGCCCGAUGGCCACACCUUCAAGGGCUUCCCCAUACACUUCACCCACAGGAACGCCCGGAGGGCCUUCGCCACCAGCCUCAGGUCUCCCUUCUGCGACGAGAUCGCGUGUUGCCGCGGAGACCACGUCAGGCUGGCGGUCCGGGUCCGGGUGUUCGAGUACCCCGAGUCAGCCUGUGCCGUCUGGAUCAUGUUCGCCUGCAAGUACCGCCUGGUGCUGUGACCCUGACCCUGUCCGCCCCCACGACUGUCUGCUGGAGGAGGGAGUGACCAGGCCUGGGUCAAAUGCAAAAUCAUUUCUGAUUCAAAUACUACGCCUUUACUGAGAUUGUCUGGUGUAUUGGAACCGGUGAAAUACUCUCAGAAAGCGCAAAAUCUGGCUUCUGGUCCUCUUGGUUGGCUCAGUUGCACCUGGCAAGAUCAAUGGAGCACAGAAAAGUAUUUGAAUCCAGAACAAUUGCGUGUUUGACCCAGGUCUGGAGCCAACAUGUGCCUCCACAUUUUUCGCCCAAAUUCUAUUGUGUUUACAUCUUUGUACAGAAUAUAGACUAUAGACUACUAUCACUAUUUGUAAAUAAAUAAUGAUUGUGUUUUAUUUUACACCAAGGGUGAUGUGUGUCUUGUAUAAAAUUUACAAAAUCGGUGAGUUUGAGGGAGGGAGUGUCCCUUCCUACAAGUGUAACGCGUUUUGAGAUUCAGAGAUAAAAGGUGCCUAAUAAAAUGAAUAAAAUGGAGUCCAGUUCAUUACUAACCAGUCCAUAGUCUCAAUUCAUAGUUACACCUGAGCUUUGUGAAGAGGGUGGAGAUGGAAGC